AUGAAGCUUUUCGGGGAUUUGAUACACGGAGCCAGCGUGCUCUUGCUACUACCGGUCGUGGUCGACGCGGCACUCUAUAACCGUACAAUUCAAACUCCCCAGGGGAAGGUGAAAGGUCUUGCCGCCUUCAACGAAAGCAAUGCCCCUUCUUACAUGUCCAACUGGAAGGAUAUAAGCGUGUGGAGAGGUAUUCCGUAUGCUGCUAGCACGGGCGGGCAGAACCGCUGGAAGCCACCUCAGAAAGCUCCUUCCUGGAAUGGGACACUCAUGGCCUCUUCGUUCGGACUAAGCUGUCCCAGUGAACAAGCCGGCGAAGGCUACAGCGAAGACUGUCUGACAGUAAAUAUCUGGAGUCCAGCCAGCUCAGCCAAUGCCAAUCUUCCAGUGCUGAUUUACUCUUAUGCUGCUGGGGGGCAGUCCGACCAAACUACCUAUGAUGGUGCCGGCAUGGCUAGUAAGGAUGUGGUCUUUGUCUCCUACAAUUACCGCUCUGGUCCUUUGGCCUGGCUUACACUACCCGAGCUUGCCAAAGAGUCUGGCAUCAACGUGACCGGCAAUUAUGGCUUGUUGGACCAGAUUGAAGUUACCAAGUGGGUUCAUGAAAACAUUGCCUCAUUUGGAGGGGAUCCAAAUUCUAUUGUCGUGGGUGGGCAGUCAUUCGGCUCCGGAGCUGCCUACCAUAUCGUCAACAGUCCACUUGCUAAGGGCCUAAUCAAGGGAGCUAUUGCUGAGAGUGGUAUCAAGGACCCCUAUGACCCUGACCUUUGGGGAUUCGGCAGUGACUACCGUAAUAUGAGUUGGGCUUUGAAUUUUAGUGAGGUCUUCGCUGAAUCAUUGAAUGCUACCAGCGUGGCCGACCUAAGGGAAUUAGACCUUGAUACUCUCUUGACCGGUACUGGAACCAGCACAUUCGUUGGUUUCGAUCCUGUGUUGAAUUACCACUCGAUCCCUAACAAAUACAUUGUGAGCUUGGAAGAAGGUGCUGCCAACGAUGUUCCUAUCUUGGUCGGCAACAAUAAGGAUGAAGACGGCAUCGACCUUUCUACCACGUACAACGUUUCAGAGUACGAGUCGACAAUCAAAUCAACUUAUGGCCCCUACGCUUCUGAGCUUCUCGCUCUACACCCAGCCAGCAAUACCACAGAGGCCACUAAUGCGUACAACUCGAUUAUCCUUGCCGGUAUCUGCACUUCCACCUGGUCCUUUGCCAACCGAUGGAGCAAGACAUCUGCAAAGCCCAUCUACUAUUAUCUCUGGUCAUACGCACCCCCGGGAGAUGACGGAGCCACUCACGGCUCCGAAGUGGUCUACGCUUUGGGUAAUCUCUAUGCUCAGACUGCAAAUUACACCUCUGUUGACUACGAAAUUGCCGAUAAGAUGUCUUCUUACUGGGCUAACUUCGUCAAGACUCGAGACCCCAACAAAGGAGGUUCGUACACUAGUAAGAAUGGGACCUUGCCUCAAUGGGGUGCCAAUGUUCCUUCGCAGAACGUCACCUUCGACUUGGGAACUUCAUGGAAAAAGAUCCCAAUCGCUUCAGUCGAGGAAAAGAAUAUCAUGUUGGAGUACUUCAAGUACGCUACUCCGAAUCCUUUUUAA